AUGUUAGUUUCGAGUGGGGCUAACGGGGGCCAGUCGACUAUACUGAGACCAUCAUUGUCUAUAGUUGAUUCACAGAUAUUAAAUGAAAUUUGCCCGGAAGCCAUAACAGAAUCAACUCCACCUAUUCGUUUACAAACAGUUAAUUGUACAAAUGGUUCAUCGUUCGAAUUAAUAACUGAUUAUAGUGCACUACAAUGGCUAUUCGAUUUUAAUGGACAUAAUAAACGCUUAUAA